CGCCAUCCAUGCCCUGGCAGGAAGCUCCCGUCGAUAUGUCAUGGGCCAAAGCUUCGUUCCAUUACAGUUCUUUGCCAGCUGCAAUGGGCCACCUCGGUCCACUGCGUCAGUUGCCAGUCUCCUCGUUGCGGCUGUUGCGACUCCAACGUUCAACUCACGACCGACCCAACGGACGGACGCCAUCGCCGACGACAGCAACCCCGGAGGAGCUCGCUCUGCGCAAUCGCAAUCAAUUGACUCCACUAUCCGCGAGUCAGGACAACCAACACCAACAACCAUGUCUACCAUCACCAGAACGAUUCGCAACCUGCGCAAGGUUGGCUUGAAGGAUGCCUGGCACCAAAUGAACUAUAUCGGCGACACCAAAGCCGGCACCCUUGUAGGCGUCGACAAGUUCGGCAACAAGUUCUUCGAGAACCAGGAAGAACUCCCGCUGCGCACGCGCUGGGUUGACUUCGCCAAGCACGAUUACGACCCCUCGCACAUCGAGCCGCUCUGGCACGCCUGGAUCUCGUACGCCAUCGACACGGUGCCCACGCAGGAUCCCAUCGCGACCCAGGCGCCCAAGAGACCCUGGGCGCCCGAGGUGCAUCACCCCAACUAUACGACACUGCCGGGAGCUUUCAAGACUUUCAACACUGUCAAGCCCAAGAUUCAGUCGUGGGAGCCUGUUGCUGCUCCUAGACACUAAAUCUCGAUUGAUAAGUGACGGUGAGAUGGUCUCUCGAGAGGAGGUGUACAGAUGGACACUGAGAAAGAGAGAGAGAGAUGUGAGCAUGUCUUGCUUGGAGAUGUUGAUCCGGAGAACAGAACGUCAUAGGGAAGAACAGAACCUAUAGAAUGCAUAUACUGCAAGGCUCCAGCUCACAAUGCCAUACUGGAAAUCUCAUCACCAGCGUUGCGAAGAAAAGUGUCUGAUAUAUCGGGAACCCAAAAAUACCCGCUCUCCCCG